AUGACCAAGGCAAACACUCAUACUUCAGUUUUAUCGGCUAAGAAUGGCAUAGUAAUUGACGAUAGGGGGCUUCCUCCCCUGCUUCGUGACUUGGAUCCCGAAGAAAUUGCCAUCCUUGAGAAGAAGCUUAAACGCAAGAUCGACUGGAGAAUGAUGCCCCCAUUGAUCAUCAUGUAUAUUAUGAACUAUCUUGACAGGAAUGCUAUAGGAGCGGCAAGAUUGGCCGGCAUGGAGGAAGACCUGAAUCUAGUCGGCUAUGAGUUCCAAACCUGCGUUACCAUCCUGUUUGUAGGGUACAUUCUCAUGCAAGUACCUUCCAAUCUGUUCCUCAACAGGAUCGGGAAGCCUUCAAUUUAUCUGCCAACUUGUAUGGCGAUAUGGGGUCUGCUCUGCGCUUGCAGCGGAGUCGCAAGCAGCUAUCACGGCUUACUGGCCACCCGCUUUCUACUCGGCUUCUUUGAAGCUGCUUUCUAUCCGGGAUGCGUCGCCACGCUUGGCGCUUGGUAUGUCAAGGAGGAGCUGUCUCUGAGGACCGGGAUCUUUUACUGUGGCUCCAUGCUAUCUGGUGCAUUCUCUGGUCUCAUUGCGGCUGGGAUCACAGAUGGACUCGAUGGAGCACUUGGGUUAAGAGCAUGGAAAUGGCUGUUCAUCAUCGAGGGCAGUGCCACAGUUGCCAUCUCAAUCAUUGCAAUAUUUAUUCUCCCCGACUUCCCAGCCACCACCAAGUGGCUCACGGCCCAGGAACGUGAGUUGGCACUUUGGAGGCUUCAGGUCGAUGCUGCUGGUGAACCCGACUGGACAGAGGGGAAGGAGCAGCCUUUGCUGGACGGCUUUAAAAUGGUCCUGAGGGACCCUUUGAACUGGAAUAUGCUCAUCGUAGUCUACGGUGCAGCAUCGGCCAUCGCCAUCAACAGCUUCUUCCCAACAGUCGUGGCAGCUCUGGGCAAGGGAAAGAUCCAAACCCUUCUGCUCACCGCGCCGCCUUAUCUAUUGGCAUGCCUGGUCUGCAUCGGUGUCUCCUGGAACGCUGAUCGGACCAGAGAGCGAUACUGGCACACGGUCGGUCCCAUCGCCCUGGCCCUUGCCGGUUUUGUCAUCUCUGCCUCCGCUACAGGCAUUGGCCCUCGGUACUUCGGGGCGAUGAUCAUGCUGCCGGGUAUAUACACUGGCUUCAACAUGUCCAUGGUCUGGACAUCCAACACGAUGAGCAGACCUCCCGCCAAGCGUGCGGCUGCCGUCGCUUUCAACAAUGCCCUCGCCACCAUUUGCAGCAUUUACGGAUCAUACCUUUAUCCAAACAAUGCCGCACCCCGGUUCGUGCUGGCAUUUGGCGUAAAUGCGGGUAUGGCUUUUAUGGCUAUCAUCGCUGCCACAAUCCUUAGGAUUGUUUUGGUCAAAAAGAACAAAGAAAUGGACAGGCGUGAGGCUGACCCUGCAUAUGGUGCUGAUAAUGUUGAACAGCGGAGAUAUCUGGUUUAA